UGUAGCUCCAGAUGUAUGGGACGCAGCCGCAGCUUGUCUGGUUCCCGUCUCCGUCAUAUAUCGGGGCUCCCUGUACUGUACAGCGGUCACUAGCUGGUUCGCAAACUUUGAAUAAAGUUGCCCCAUAUAGUUGGGCUAUUUUAGAUACAGAAGAGAAAACGUUACAUUAACAGGGGGUGUACAAAAUGCCUGCCGUCUCUAAAGGGGAUGGGAUGCGUGGCCUGGCCGUGUUCAUCUCUGACAUCAGGAACUGUAAGGGACAAGGCUCUGGAUGGCUACAGUAAGAAAAAGUAUGUCUGCAAGCUGCUCUUUAUCUUCCUUCUGGGCCAUGAUAUCGACUUUGGACACAUGGAGGCCGUCAACCUCCUCAGCUCCAACAAGUACACAGAGAAACAAAUUGGUUACCUAUUCAUAUCAGUGCUGGUGAACUCAAACAGCGACCUGAUCCGUCUAAUCAACAACGGCAUUAAGAAUGACCUGGCCAGCCGCAACCCGACCUUCAUGAACCUGGCCCUGCACUGCAUUGCUAACGUGGGCAGCAGAGAAAUGGCUGAGGCUUUUGCUUCUGAAAUCCCCAGCAUCUUGGUGGCAGGGGACACCAUGGACAGCGUGAAGCAGAGUGCAGCACUGUGUCUGCUGCGACUCAACAGGACGUCUGCUGACCUGGUGCCCAUGGGUGAAUGGACAGCACGAGUGGUCCAUCUGCUUAAUGACCAGCACCUAGGAGUGGUAACAGCAGCUGCCAGCCUUAUUACCACUCUGGCCCAGAAGAGUCCGGAUGACUUCAAAACAUCCAUCUCACUGGCUGUGGCCAGGCUCAGUAGGAUCGUGACUUCCGCGUCCAUCGACCUACAGGACUACACAUACUACUUUGUUGCUGCACCAUGGUUGUCGGUCAAAUUGCUGCGCCUGCUGCAGUGCUACCCUCCUCCUGAGGAUGCAGCGCUGCGAAGUCGUCUGACAGAGUGUCUGGAGACCAUCCUCAACAAAGCCCAGGAGCCACCCAAGUCCAAAAAGGUCCAGCACUCCAAUGCAAAGAAUGCUGUUCUGUUUGAAGCCAUCUCCCUCAUCAUCCACCAUGACAGUGAGCCCACCCUGUUGGUCCGAGCCUGCAACCAGCUAGGCCAGUUUCUGCAGCACAGGGAAACCAACCUCCGUUAUUUGGCUUUGGAGAGCAUGUGCACACUGGCCAGCUCUGAGUUUUCUCAUGAGACAGUAAAGACACAUAUAGAAACUGUGAUCAACGCUCUAAAGACGGAGCGAGACGUGAGCGUCCGCCAGCGGGCUGUUGAUCUCCUCUACGCCAUGUGUGACCGCAGCAACGCCAAGCAGAUUGUGGCAGAGAUGCUGAGCUACCUGGAGACCGCCGACUACUCAAUCAGAGAGGAGAUAGUGCUCAAGGUGGCUAUCCUGGCAGAAAAAUACGCCGUGGACUACACCUGGUACGUGGAUACCAUCCUCAACCUCAUCCGCAUCGCCGGCGACUAUGUCAGUGAGGAGGUGUGGUAUCGUGUCAUCCAGAUUGUCAUAAACCGAGAUGAUGUCCAAGGCUAUGCUGCCAAGACCGUCUUUGAGGCACUACAGGCUCCAGCCUGCCAUGAGAACCUGGUUAAGGUGGGGGGUUACAUCCUGGGAGAGUUUGGAAACCUAAUUGCUGGCGACUCACGCUCCAGCCCUCUGGUCCAGUUCAACCUUCUACACUCCAAGUUCCACCUGUGUUCUGUGCCGACUCGGGCACUGUUGCUGUCGGCCUAUAUCAAGUUCAUUAACUUGUUUCCAGAAGUGAAGGCCACGAUCCAAGACGUGCUGCGCUCAGACAGCCAGCUCCGCAACGCUGAUGUGGAGCUUCAGCAGAGAGCUGUUGAGUACCUGAGGCUCAGCUGCAUCGCCAGCACUGACAUACUGGCCACAGUCUUAGAAGAGAUGCCUCCAUUCCCAGAGAGAGAGUCUUCCAUCCUGGCCAAGCUGAAGAGGAAGAAGGGCCCAGGCCACCUACCCGACAUUGACGAUGCCCGGCGGAAUGUCAACGGCAGCACCGAGCACAGCGACAACACUGAAGCCACGAAGUCUUCUCCUUCACUGAUGGCAGACCUCCUCCCUACCAACAGACCCCGCCCUGCCUCCUCUAGCCCCAUCAUACUCUCGGCUGCGACCAUGGGUUCCACCCACCCGUUCACAGAUCUGCUCAAUCUAAACUCCACCCCUUCAGCUGGAGCCAGUCUGCUAGUUGAUGUCUUUUCCGACACCCCCUCACCUGCAUCCAUAGAUGUGUCUGAGGAAAAUUUUCCCAGGUUUGUUUGUAAAAACAAUGGUGUUAUCUAUGAGAACCAGCUUUUGCAGAUUGGACUGAAGUCUGAGUACAGGCAGAACCUGGGUCGCAUGUACGUGUUCUACGGCAACAAGACAUCCACCCAGUUCCUCAGCUUCUCCUCAUCUGUGAGCUGUAACGACACACUCAAGACUCAGCUGAAUGUCCACGCUAAGCCAGUAGACCCCAUAAUAGAAGGGGGGGCUCAGUUCCAGCAGAUCCUCAACAUCGAGUGUGUGUCAGAUUUCACAGAUGCACCGGUACUCAACAUCCAGUUCAGAUACGGGGGAGCUCUACAGAACAUUGCAGUGAAACUCCCAGUGAUGCUGAACAAGUUUUUCCAGCCCACGGAGAUGACAUCCCAAGACUUCUUCCAACGCUGGAAACAGCUUGGAGCUCCUCAGCAAGAGGUUCAGAAAAUCUUCAAAGCCAAACACCCCAUGGACACAGAUGUCACCAAAGCCAAGAUCUUAGGUUUUGGUGUAGCUCUGCUGGACGGGGUGGAUCCCAAUCCCACGAACUUUGUUGGAGCUGGAGUCAUUCACACUAAGAACACUCAGGUGGGCUGCCUCCUCAGACUGGAGCCCAACACACAAGCACAGAUGUACCGUCUCACCCUCCGGACCAGCAGGGACUCUGUGUCUCAGAGACUGUGUGAUCUCCUCUCUGAACAGUUUUAAACAGCACCAACAUUUUUACACUUCCACUCUCCUAGUCUCACUUUAGAUUGGUAUGAUGUAUUGUACAGUGUAAAUUCUUUUUUUUUUAUUUGACUUACUCUACAUGUAAAUGAAAUGAAAUGUAUUCUUCACACAUAGCUUUACUAAUAUGUCACUGCUUUAAACAUGCCGUGCACUCUGCGCACGGUGCAGGAGCCUCUGAAUGCUUCUCUGUAGCGUUCUGAAACUCCAGAGUUUUGAACAUUUUUGAAUUUGUGUGUUUUUGUUGCUUUGGUUCUGCCUUUCUUACUCAAACACUUUAAAGAGUUGGUUAGGAAGCACUGAUGAGAUGAAGUUAGUUGAAGAUCUCAAUAAGAUUGUAAUCUUGCCAAGGAUCUCAGCAGUGAAUUCAGUAGUUCAGAUAGUGUUUCUACGAGACAUUUAUUCUUGUAGUGUUUUAAACAAAUGUUGCACAGAACUGGGAAGCUUUCCUGAACUUCUCACCUAUUUUGCACUUGUUAGGUGAAAAAAUCAGAUCACAUGAGUAGAUCAGAUAGAUUUAGGCAAAAGAGUUUUGACUUUAAUGUCAGAAUUCUUAACUUAUUUCACCAAUCUGUCAUCUCAGGAGGAAAAGAAAAGCUUUGCAUUGUGGUGUUUUUAGCAGAAAAUAGAUGUUGCUUCGAUUUUAGUUCUCUUAUGUGAAUUUAUGAACCACACUGCGCAUACAUUUUACACCUAGAAUUCAGACACUCAAAAAAAAAUAGUACACUAGGUAGCGAAUGGAUUUUAUUAUAUCUACUCCACACAAUUGUGCCUGUAAACUUGUGUUACUCUGUCAAGAACAGAAAGAGCCUUUAAAUUGACGAGUAAUAUUUUUAAAGUCUAAAGCACUGCCGCACUGUCACACUGUCACACUACUUUUGUCUAAAUGCAUUCAUUCACAGAGCACUGCCAAACUGGUAAUAUUUCUGUAUAUCAAUAACAUAUGGUGUAUUUUCUGUUUUAUAAAAUGUACUCUUGUAAUCAUCCUCUGUCCAAAGGUGAAAAAAUCGUCCUACCACCACCUCUAAAGCAGUGUGAAUACAGGCCAAGAAUUAGUCAUAACCCCCCAUAAACGGCAACUUUAUACUUUUUACACCGCUGUCUUUGCACGCAUUAAAAGACAUGGCAUGUUUUAUUGUAGAGGUGUUGGUAGGUGGAUUGGUUUUACUGUUGGACUAAGCAAGGCUAGCUGCUUUCCCUCGUUUACAGUCUUUAAUGCUAAGCUAAGUUAACCGUCUCCAUGCUGUAGCUUUAUAUUUAACGUACAGUUAUGAGAGUGACAUUGACCCUUUUGUCUAACUCUCAGCAAGAGAGCAAAUAAGGGUAUGUGCCAAAAUAUCAAACUGUUCUUUAAAGAUCAAAAUUAGUAAGAAUGUUUUUACAUUGUGUUGAAGGGUUUGGCCAAUUCAUGAAUAAGGGUACCUUAAAGCUGCAGUAGGUAACUUUUUGUCAUAUUUGCUCACAGUAAUACACGAUAAAUAAUCUGAGAAAAAAAUCAGGUUCCUCUGGCUCCUCCUAGUGCUCCUAAUGGCAUUUGCAAGAAUCCA